AUGGGUUCUUACACAUCAACUACAAAACAUCGACAAAAAGAUCAUCAACAACUGCAUAAACGAAUAGCAUUAAAGAACUCAACUACAUUUGACAAUAAAAAAAAUUCGUCAUUACCAUUGCCUCUAUUUCCAAAUCAGCAAUCUCAACGUCCUAAUUCUUUAUUAUCUAAUUUUGAUGUUCAAUCAUCUUCUUUACAAGAAUCUAUCUGUCAUUCAAUUAAUACAAACAGUUUAAUACAUUUAUAUUCACCUAAUAUGAAUAAGAAUAAUAAUUCUAAUAGAAAUAGUUGGAUUUCAUCGUCAUCUAUUACAUCACAUGUUCCAACACGUAUUCCAGUAGCCAAAGCUCGAUUAUCUAUUCAUCAAUCACAAUCAUCAUCAAUAAGUACUGUACGAUUUAAAAAUGUGACUACUACAUUUAAUAUUCCUAAUCAGACAGGUUUCUCUCAACCAAUAUCGAUGGCAAAUCGUGCACCACUGACAUCAUCUAUACAACAUAGCACACAACCUCGUUUUGGUUUUAUACCCCGACCAAUAGCACCCGGUUUACAACAAAUACAAGCGUCAUCACUUAUAGCUCGUAGUCGUUCAAUUAGCCCAUCAUCAUCAACAGUUAGUGCUAAUUCUUCAUCAACAACUGUUUCUCAACGUGUAACUAAAACUCAAAAAAUACCAAAACCAACAUCAAAUCGAUCUGUUGCUUCUUCUUCGACUACUACUAAUAUAUUAAAAUCUAAAACAGUUCAUUCUUCUCAUAAUAAUCAUAAUAAAGAUUCAUCAACAUCAAAAUUAACAACAACUAAUCGAUCACGUUCAAAUAUACCUUCACAAGUUUCAACAACAUCACCAUCUAUAUCUACUUCUUCUGUUCUGCCUACAAAAACAAAUGUUGAUGUUAUUCGUGAUCGAUAUAAAAAUCAAAAACGUAUGAAUUUUUUUACUCGACGUACUUCAAUACCAACUACACUUAAGUCUCCAUCAGUAAUUAGAGAAGAAAAAAAUGAACAAUCAUCAACUGAUGAACAAAUAACAAACAUUCCAAACGAUAAUCAAAGUAAUGAUUUAAAAACUGAAUCAUCUCAACAAGUAUAUUCUUCACACGGCGAUUCUGCUUAUGCAAGUGUAACAGUACCUGCGAACCGUUUACCAUCUGCCCAAUCCUCUCAAGCAAAUCGACAACGUGUUUCUAGUACAUUAUCAUCAUCAUCCAAUGUAUCUGAUGUAUUAAAUAAUGAUUCAUUUCUUGAUGAUGAUAAUUGUAGUCUAAAAUCGGAUGAUUUAAUAUGUGAUUAUGAUGAUACAUUAACACUUGAAUCUGCUAGUAAAAACGAUCGAACAGAUUCAUUAUCAUCUGCAUCAUUAUCUAUUGAAACAAAUAAAAAACCAACCAUGAUAACAUCAACUACAAUAAUAAAACCAAAUAUUCCACUAUUUCAAACCGUAUCAAAAGAAAAUCGAUCAUCGUCUGUAGUAAAAUGUUCAACAGCUGAUAAAAUGAAUGCUAGUCUUAGGGAAUCACUUGAUGAAUUAACUCAAUUAAGUAAUCGAAUGGACAAUAUUGUUGAUAGUGAACAUAAUCGAAGAUUAUCUACACGCUCAAUGUCAUUAAAACCACCGACAUCUGCAUUACCACCACGUGAAGAUGCUGAACAAAUAACAAUGGAUAUUGAAUCUUAUCGCCAAGUAAUGAAAGAUGUUAUGGUUGUGAAAACAAUUCUUCAUCAACUUGAUCGAUUAUUGAAAAAUUCAGAUGGUACUAAUAUGACUGAUUCAAUGAUUGGUUCGUUUCAUGAAUCUAUGAUCGGUUCAAGACAUUAUUCAAUUAGUGGUGGUGAAAGUAAUUUUCGAUAUAAUAUCGAUGAAAAUUCUUCUUAUGAUGAUUUAGUUAAAGAAAUUAUUAUAUUACGUAAAGAAAGAGAACAAGAUAAACAAACAAUUAAAUUAUUACAAGAUCAAAUGUAUAAAUAUUCCAGUCAAACAAACAUUUAA